AUGUCUAGUGCUCAAAUCGACAAUGCUCUGUCGAGUUCUACCACUACUCUAGUAGACCUGCCUAAUAACUCUACUUCCAUCCAGAGAAAACAAUACCCCAAGGACGACAAGGCCCUCAAUAGGCUACUAGUUGAACUAAAGAAUAACCCUGACUCGAACAUCCUUCCGCAUGAUCAAUCACAUUCUGAAAUUUUCCAAGCUUUGAAAACUCGCAUUGGUAAGAUCAAUAAUGAAACCUGUGAUCCCGGUGAAGAGAACUCUUUUUUCAUAUGCGAUUUGGGUGAAAUAAAAAGAUUGUAUUAUAAUUGGGUCAAAGAACUACCAAGAAUCAAGCCAUUUUAUGCGGUCAAGUGUAAUCCCAACCCCGAGGUUCUUUCAUUGUUAGCAGAAUUAGGCGCUAACUUUGACUGUGCUUCCAAAGUAGAGAUUGACAGAGCACUAUCAAUAAACAUUUCUCCAGAUAGAAUCAUAUACGCCAACCCUUGUAAAGUAGCGUCUUUUAUUAGAUAUGCAGCAUCAAGAAAUGUAAUGAAGUCUACUUUCGAUAAUGUGGAAGAACUAUACAAGAUCAAACGAUUCCAUCCCGAGUCUCAAUUAUUAUUAAGAAUUGCCACUGAUGAUUCUACAGCUCAAUGCCGGCUUUCUGCCAAAUACGGGUGCGAGAUGGAUAAGGUAGACUCGUUAUUGAAAUGCAUCAAAGAAUUGGGUUUGAAUUUAGCGGGUGUUUCAUUUCAUGUUGGCUCAGGUGCUUCUGAUUUCACGAGCUUAUACAAGGCUGUCAGAGACGCAAGAACAGUAUUUGAAAAAGCCGCUAACAAAUACAACUUGCCGCCUUUGAAGAUUUUAGAUAUAGGUGGCGGAUUCCAAUUCGAAUCUUUCAAGGAAUCAACUGCUGUUUUGCGUUUAGCUUUGGACGAAUUCUUUCCUGUGGGUUGUGGUGUUGAUCUAAUUGCUGAGCCUGGUAGAUACUUUGUGGCCACGGCGUUCACUUUAGCAACUCACAUAAUCGCCAAGAGAAAGCUAUCAGAAAAGGAAGCGAUGAUUUAUACAAAUGACGGUGUUUACGGAAACAUGAACUGUAUUUUAUUUGACCAUCAAGCGCCUCACCCAAAGACUUUAUACCACGAUUCGAAAUUCUACUACGACGAUUUUGAAUCCACCAGUGCCGACCUCGAACCUGUUAAUAAGACAAGAGCCACAUAUCCGUAUAAAGUGUCCAUUUGGGGUCCUACAUGUGACGGUUUGGAUUGUAUUGCCAAAGAAUACUAUAUGAAGCAUGAUGUUGUUGUCGGCGAUUGGUUUUAUUUCCCUAAUCUGGGCGCCUAUACUUCGUCUGCCGCUACUCAAUUUAACGGUUUUGACCAGACAGCGGACAUCGUUUACAUCAAUUCUGAAUCCGACUAA